AUGUCGUUGCCACAAAACAUCCCCGCGGCCCCGGGGAACGAGAACACACCUCCCAGAAAGCGACCCUCGGGCACUCGCAAAUCGUCAGGCACCCACUCGCCGCAGACUUACUCUCCCAACUACUCGCCUCAGGGGUACACCUUGUGCUCCAAUGGCUGGAACAGCACAUCGCUACCUUCCACGUCAUAUCAGGCCUUGGCCGAGCAGCUGGAGAUUGAGCGAACAGAAAGCGACAGGAUCCAGCGCCAGGUGGUCGAGCUUCGAGCCAAAUGCGAAAAGUUACAGGACGCCCAGGUCCACAACGAGGCAACCAUCACAGCUCGAGACUUGCGGGUAGAGGAAUUGGAACAGCAGUACAAGCGAGCUUGUGAACAUCGACGCAAUGCCGAGGAGAGUCUGCUGGGUGAACAGCAACUAUUUAUUACAGAGAAGCACCAGCUGUUCAUCAAGCAGAGCGAACUCGAGGAGACCAUCUCACAUCUCAACAAGAAACUCAAGGCCAAGGAUGUGGAGCUCGGCGAGUACCAGGAGCGAGAGUCUGCCAAUGCAAGCAACUCUCAGGCCAGUAUGGCAGAAGCUGCCAAGAAGGAAGCAGAAGCUGCGGCCCAGGCGGCCCAUGCUCGGGAGACGGCUCUUCAGAAGACCGUUGAGCGGCUCAAGCAGUCCAUCACAGUGCUUGAGACUUCUUCCGAGCAGAUAGGACUGGACUUUGCUUCCAAGGCCACUGCUUUCGACGAGGAGAUGCGAUCUCUCAAGGAGAUCAACAACGGACUGGUCGAGGAAAACGAAAAGCUGCAGAUGCUUGUGGCCGAGAAGAUGAUCAACGGCGGUCUAAGUCUUAGCAACGAGCUGGAAAUGGCUCUAGCGGAGGAGGAUGAGAGCGAGGAGGAUGAGGAGGAGAACGAGUGUGUUGUUGACCAGAGCAAUAAUCAGGCUAAUGAGAAGAUCGGUGAUGACGAAGACGAGCCUGCUUACACAGAGUCGACUGUCUCUGUGACCGAGUACGAGAAGAUUCGCAAGGAGCUAGCCAAGAUGCGACUCGAGUACCGAUCUCUGUAUGCCACCAACGAAGGUCUCGUUUCGUACGUCGAGAGAAUGCUUAACCGGCUACUGGAGUACGAGGAUUUCCGGGAUGGUGUGCAGAAGAGCACAAAAAUCGAUGCUGCCAAGGUCGGAGCGUUUUCUCGACGAGUUUCCAGCCGUGGUGGACCCGGGUCGGCCCUUGAAGACUACUCUCUGCGUGUAGCCAAGCGAGGCGAGCGACGAGGCGGUGGGUCUGGAGCCAACGACAACGCCAGUAUUCAUUCGCGUGAUAGCACGUCUUCCUACAACCCACUGAGCACGAAUUUGUGGUCUUCUGCAUUGUUCAAGGGCGGCCGGAAGGUUUCCAGCGGAGGAGCCCCUGCCCGGAACGUUUCUCUCGGUAUUGAUGGCGUUGAGACCAAUUCCGCAGCAAACUCUGCGGCCCCCUCCACUUCUACAGCCGAAGAUUGCAUGUCGCUGAAGUCGGAUGUGUCUGUUUCUACCAGCGCCAAUGGUGAAGAUGGAGAUGUCUGUAGCCCGACAGCGUCCCGAAAGAGCUCUUCUCAAUCUCAGAAGGGAGGGCUCAAGCCGCUAAAUCUGAGAAAGAACAGUGGAGGGACAGAGCACAAGAAGACUGCUGCUGCGGGGCUUUUUGGGUGGUAG